AUGAAAUCAUCGAACUUAACAGAAUAUUUUGAGAAGCAACUCGAACUACUUUCUAUAGAAUCUCAAAGUCUUUCAGAGCUUUCAGUAAAUUCAAUUAAAACUAAAUUAAUUGAAAGAAUAUUUAGCUUGGAAUCCAAUCAAAAGCCUCACAUACUUAUCCCCGAAACUAAAGGAAAUUUAUUUGAUCUUACAGAAAAAAUCAAUAACCCACCUUUGAGUUUUGGAGCUAAACUAAGAAAAAAACAGCUGAAGCAAAACCAUUCUCGCAAAAAAGAAUUAAUUUUAGAAGGAGAGAACAUUGAUACUACAGUUGAUAAUUUUCCGAACACAAGCAAAUCUCAAAAUAUUACUAUAAGUGACAAUGAUAGAUUGAAAAUAUUAAAACAUUAUGAAUUAGAAAGAAAAAGACGCGAAGAGAACCGAAAAAAUAGCCUUGAAGCACUUCAAAGAAAAUACUUACUCCCCCCCUCCGUGAAGGAAAUUUUUUUAAUAGAAAAUUUUUUUAUGAAAAAAAUUGAUAUAUAAGUGAUAAUUAGUAUAAUGAAAUCUAUAGCUAAUUCUGUUUAAUUUUAAAAAAAUUUGCGUUUUAAAACAUAAAUUUUAUAAAUUAAAUUAAAUAUUUGCUUUCCAAUUUUUGCGAAUUAGGAUUUUUUUAAAAUUUUCGAAUUUUUUUUUUUAAAAAAUAAACCCCCUCCUUAAGCAAACAGGUUUUUUUUGUUCACUCACGGAGGGGGGGGGAGUUUAGAAAAACUGGAACUAGAAAGCAAGGAAAUGGAAGAACGACAGAAGAGACAAGAAGAAGAGAAAAAAUUAAAAAUCCAAGAAAAGCUAGAAGAGAUUGAAAUCAGAAAAAAAGAAAGAGAGGAAAAAAUAAUAGAAUCAAAUAAAGCCUUCAAACAUGUAGCUUCAGUCAAACCUUUAUUUCAAAAACUGGAAGAAAGAUAUCAACAGCAAUAUAUAAUCCCUGAGCUUGAAAAAAGAAAAUACGAGCUAGCUCAAAAGAGACAAAUGCUUGCACCAAUUAAUAUGAAAGAAAUUAUCUCGCAUGAAAAAAACUAUUUUGAGAAUUUUGAAGAACUGAGGCACAGAAGAGAAUUGGAAUUAAAACGGAAAAAGCAAGAUAUUGCUUUGCAUGAAGCUUCAUUAGUGUUUUAUAAGUCUAAAGCUGCUCAAGUCUUAGAAAAAGAAGAAUUAGAAAAAAUGCAAGAGCAGAUGAAAAAAGAUAUAGCAUGGGCUCUCUUGCGCUUAAAAUCUGGGGGUUUGACUUGUCACCUUCAGUUGAUGAGCCAAAUCCUUGUGAUGGAUUUGCUAACUUGAGCUGACUAUUUUACUAAAUGUGAGAGUCAGAUCUCCAGAUUUCUGUAAAUGAGUAGGUGUAAGGGCACGCUAAAAGCGUGCCCACUCUAUAUAGAAAGAACUGAUAAUAUUGAAAAAAGAAAAAUUUAUGGAGACAUUAUCAGUGAAAUGUUCAGACCUAUUUGCUUUAAGCCAAGCAAAGCAGAAACAACUUCAUCUCAGAAUAAAAAGCCAAAAAAAUUAGAAAUACAAAAAAGCCUAGAUUCCAAACAGUUUGAGCCUUUAGAGUUUAAUAAAAAUGGAAGCAAUACUGAAAGGAAUAAGAAAAAUACAGAUAUUUUGAGGAGAAAAAAUUCAAUUAGAUCACAAACAAAUAAAAAGCUCAGAAAGCCACCGAAUGAGUCUGUAAAUAGUAGUGUUCAGUCUUUAGGAAUGAAAAAGGAACAAAAAUCUAUUGACUAUUUAAGAGAAUUGAGGCAGAAGAGGAACGAAAAUUUAAGCAUGAUAAUUGGGAAAAUUAAAUGGGAGGAUAUUGUGGAAGAUAAAGAAUGCUCAACGCCAGAAAAAGUUUCUGAAGUUCAAAAAAGAGCUUUAAGAGCUGAGCAGCAAGCAAGAAGCUAUGAAUCUUUUGUAAAUGAUAAAAAUAUUAGUAAUGCAAAACGAAUUGAAGCUAAUGAAGCUUUAAGCCAAGUUUACAUAGAUGCAAUUAAAGCAAAGUUGGCUGUUUUGAAUAGCAUAAGCUAA